GAAUAUCAUUAGGAGGGGCGUACCUGAAAAAUAAUUGGCCUUGAGAGUGCAAGUGGAAGACUUCGAGUUCUAGUAGAGAAACGAAGAAGUGCAGCGCAGGAGCAGAGCAAAAUGUUUAACCCGGUGGAGCCUUUCUUCCAGUCGCUAGCCAAAGACACAGGUUUUCCUAUAGAUCAGGUUCGAUAUAUAGCGUUGUUGUUUUUUUCGUACCCCCUUGGCUAUUUCUAUCGUACACUACUUCACCCCUCCCGGACCUCCCUGACCACCCGCUACCUCUAUGCCAUUAUUCUAGGCCUUCUCUUUGGGUUCCUUUGUUUCGGAUGGCAAAUGUAUGUCUUGUUAGCAGUGGUGGUCGUGUGCUAUGCCAUGCUUAAAUGGACAUCGCCUGGUAAAGUUCAGAGAUACACAAUGGUGUGGGCCAUGGGCAGCAUGAGUGUGGCACACUUGUAUAGAAUAGCCACAGACUAUGGAGGCUGGAGCCUGGACUUCACUGGACCUCUCAUGCUCAUGGUGCAGAAGGUUACUCUGGUUGCUUAUGCUCUACAUGAUGGCAAAGCUCGUAAGGAUUCUCAACUUAAUGCUGAUCAGAGGCAGCAGAAGUUAGUGACCUGUCCGUCCUUGCUUGAAUACUUAGGAUACACCCUCAACUUUCACACACUUUUGGCUGGCCCCACUUGUACCUUUAAAGAGUACACUGCUUUUGUGAGUGGAUCCAACUUCAAGACAGCCAAAGACGAUGACAACAAGGUUUUACCAAGAUCGAAGGAGCCGUCAGCCUUUUUUGCUGUUCUCAGCAAGUUGGUAUACUCCCUGAUAGCCAUCACUGUCUUCAUAGUGCUCUCCAACACAGUCUCCACAGAGGACUGCUGGGACCCCACCCACAACUUGGCGCAGCGUAUCCUCAUCAUGUAUCUCAACUGCUUCCGUAUGAGGACCAAGUACUAUUUUGUGUGGCUUCUAGUGGAGAGUGUCAACAACCUCACUGGCCUCGGCUUCAGCGGCUAUAACAAAGAGGGAAAGGCAGAGUGGAACCUUGUCACUAAUGUCCACGUGCUGGAUAUAGAGCUGGCUACUAGUCUGAGGGGUGUGGUCAGUGGCUGGAACGCUCUCACAGCCAACUGGCUCAGGAGGGUGUGCUAUGACCGAGUGACAUUCAGCCCUACUCUGUUGACCUUUGGACUCUCUGCUUGGUGGCACGGUUUCUAUCCUGGCUAUGUUUUUGUCUUUGUUUACUUUGCCGUACAAACUACAGCAUCAAAAAAAUUGCGUCGUCUGGUACGGCCUUACUUCCAGACAAGCAUGGAGAUGAAAUGGUUCUAUGAUGCAAUCACUUUCUUCAUCACUCACAUCUUCCUCGACUAUGGACUAAUAUUUGCCAUAGAGUUCCUGAGAGUGGAUAAGGGUCUGCGAGUAUGGAGUUCCUACUACUACCUACCGAUGCUAAUGUCGACUCUGGCUCUCCUGAUUCCAGACAGCACUAACUCGCGUUCUAAAGACGUUCCCUCCAAAGCAGACAAGACGGAGAGCAUUGACAAGAAUGGGUCCACUUUCACUCCAUCAGUAGGGGACAAUUUGAUAGCAUCCAAUUAAAACAAAUGAUAAUUAUAAAAGCUUGUUUUUUAUGUUAGCUAUUUUAAUUUAGUUUAUCGCAUUAAUCAUUAUUUUAUAUAAAUUUUUGUUUAUCGUACGCAUGUAUGACCCCCCCUUUUUUUUAGUUUGGUUGAAAAGUGAUUUUUGGAUGUGUGAGAUUUAUGUUAAGGUGUUCA